AUGAUUUCUGAACGUAAAGCUAUGGAUGCUGGCAAGCGUCCUGCCUUCCACGACGGCCAUGCAGCACCGCUGAUCCAAAUCCUCGCCUGGCUGUUCCUAGCUUUCUCCACACUAGCUGUUGUAGCGCAAUUCGCGACGAAGAAAGCCAUGUCUAGGCGACUGGUAGCUGCGGAUUUUGUUCUGUUAGCGGCUCUGGUGUUGUCGGCGGGACAAGCCGCGACGCUUCUCAGUCCUGCUGGUCAGGCCAUCGGUAACUUACAGUCUGACCUUACGACAGAUCAGAUUGAUGGAGCCUGGAAGGUAAACGAGAUUCUUAGCGUUCUCACGAUCGUUGCCGCCAAAGGCUCGCUACUCGUCUCUCUGACGUUGGUGACACCCGUUGCUAGUCAUCAGAGGAUGAUGUAUGCCACUGGGGUUGUGACGCUGCUUUGGGGGUUUAGUGCCGUUUUUCUCAUCGCCUUCCAGUGUCCGUCACCACGAAGAUGGGAUAUAACCAACCCAGAGUGCAUAGAUCUUCGCGCCGUACGAACCUACAAUGCUGCCAUGAACAUUAUAACCGACCUUGCCCUAGCCAUCGUACCUACAAUGAUGGUGCUACCGCUGCAAAUCACAUCCGAUAAACGCCUUACACUAAUCACAGGCUUCUGGUCACGCAUAGCGUAA